AUGCACAUUGAGGGCUACGCCGGCUUCUCUCUGUCGCAGCGCGGCAUCGGGGUGACCGCCAAUCCCAGCUUCGAGUGCGAUCCGAGUCACAUGAAGUUCCCACCGAAGGGCCAGGCGAAGUACGAGACUCGGUAUAACUUCCUCGAGUGGUCAGGGACGCGCAUGUUGGCACAUGACAUCGACUUCUUCCGAAGCCGCAUCUGUGCGCCAAAGCUGAACCUGGAUGGUAGUUCCUAUGGCACAGCGGUGGCUGCUGUAUAUGCAGACAUGUUCCCUGAUCGAGUUGCCAAGAUGGUCAUCAACGGCAACAUGCCACCGGUGCCCAACACGCUGGAGUUCGCGAAAGGGCAGGGGAUGGCAUUGACGCAGGCUUUUGGGCAUUUGGAGCGGAUGUGCGUCAAAUGGACCUCGACUCAUCCCUGCGACUAUUUCAGCAACGAGAUGACUCUGACAAAGGCCUGGAAUGCCCUGAUCGGCGAGAUUCGGGCAGGGCGACUUACGGCGCCCACAAACCUCCCGGGUGAGGGAGGCAAUGUCAGCUUCCCUUUGAGCAUUGGGCUACUCCAGGGCUACGUCCAGGAGCUGAUGAUCAUUGCAGGUUUCGUGCCGACGGGUUGGGCAAAGCCUGUCCUGACGCUCGUGAACCUUGCGGGCAUGCGGGGCCAAAGAGCUCGAGUGGAUCAGGUCGCCAAGAUUUUGGACAGGUAUUGCACCCUGCCCACGGGAUACUCCGGCGAGUGGAGUGGCGUCAAGACGUGGAGGGACUACGGCGCCUGCAUUGGCCAGCAGUCUGUUGGCCUCUCCAGCUCCGAGUCGGAUACCAGGUUGGAAGGCCUGGGUGUGCCCCUGCGGAGGAAGGGCUCCGACACCGUUUUGUUUCGGGGGGUUCAGGUUUAG